GCCACUGUCUGUCUCCCAAAAGGGUCCCCACACCCACCCAUCACAGGUCAGCCCUCUGCUCCAGGCUAGCCCUCCCAUUGCCGGUAUAUUGGUCCAGCCCCCACCUCUCCCGGUUCGUAUUGCUCCUGCGCUCUUCUGGAAACCUCUGGACACCACAGGAUCCUUUGCUGCCAUCCGUGUUGACUGUUCCUGCGUUUACUCUGGAGCCGUGAGCCCCUCUUUGUCCCGUUUCAGCUCGUACAGCCUGGCCCUCUCUCGACACUGACACAAGUGUCCUCUUUCUUUCCCGUCACCUUUCUACCUCCAAGUCUCACUCACUAUGUCGUCAACACGUGCAAACCAGUGGUUUGUGCCGGGCGAUGGCAUUGCGAGAGAGGUCAUCACGGCCGACAUCCAGCGCUACUUGGGCCCAGAUGCGCUGGUCAGGCCUGGCGUAGGCACCGGAGAAUACCAGAAUCAGCCUGGCUACUGGAUAACUGCCUAUCGCACACUCACUUCGCAAAUGAUUCAGGAUCUUAAAUUGGACUCACAACGUUGGCAGCAGGAACGGACACCAGGCGAGGCAGGACGUGGAGUGGCGUAUCAGGACUCCAGAACACAUGCUGCCCGUCAGCAUUGGGGUCCCACAAAGCCAUAUGAGCAUCCUUCAGAGCCACCUCGUCAGGCGGCCGCCGUGUCGUCGAGAACGCCGUACGCGUCUUCUGCUGGUAGCUAUUCUGGCAGUGAAGCAAACUACACGCACGCCCCAUCGGCCGCAUAUGGAAGCUCACACCCAGGCUACCAACCUGCACCAGCAGUAUCAGCCCCAAGGACACAACCUGCGGAUCCGUACGCUUACCCACAGUCCAGUGGACGGGAUUCAAGGGAGUACCAAACCCAACCAGGAUAUUCACCGUAUUCAACACAGGCUCCCACGGACCCAUACGGACGGCCCACGGCGCCUCCAACGGCCAGCUAUCCAGCCUCAAGUACCACACCAGCUCCAGGUUACUAUAUUGCUUCCGAUGGUCGCCAAUACCCCCUGUCGCAACAGCCACAAUCUUCCCGAAAUCCUGGGCCUGGAAAGAGAAACUACUAGCCUUGCACAGGGUGUGAAUGCCAUACAAUCUCCUGUUCCAGACAGCCAAGGUGGACUAUUUAUGACCGCCAGGUAAUCCCAGGUGGCCUCUAUAUCUCCGUCAUUCUAUGGUUCCUGGAGAUACUUUUCAUUAUGUUUUCCGGACUUUGCGUAUGGAUAACGGUCACUGUUUGACCCUAAUGGACCCCCCUGAAUUCCGUAUGGACCCGUUCGGAGUCCGUCAGUGUUUUAUCGAAAAGCAUCCAGGUGUACUGCUCCC